AUGACCUCCUUGGCCCGCUUUGUAGUUUAUCUUGCUCUCUCAUCAUCUGUUCUCGGUGCUGCUAUCCCCGCAACAGUGACCACAACAUCUACCGCGGCCGCGACUUCUACACAUUCUACAGAACCUUAUUAUAAAGAGGCUACUGGUGCUCUGUGGAAGAACAAUGUUCACGAUAAGGUCCAUUUACCUGCGACAACAGCGAUUACUGAAGUUCUCCGGCGGUCCGGGGAGCUUUGGAAGGGGAGAGAACACGAAGAGGUAGACCUAGUAACGGGUCUCUCUCGGCGAUCUGGCGAACUCUGGCGCGGAUUGGAACAUGAGGAGGUUUCCGCUCUCCCUAAUCUUUAA